CCUCACUAACUGUCCUUCACCCAUCAACAUGAGCAUCAUCCUCGCCGGUGUCUACUACACCCUCAUUGUCCAGGCUCUUAUCUGUGCCGUCCUACUUGUUCCUCUCUUUGUCUCGUGGAAGCACACCCUCAUCUCCAAGCUCGUCACCCUCUCGGGUGCCCGUGGUCAGCUCGCAUACUACGCACUCCUCGUCUUUGUGGCUCUCGUCUUUGCCGACUCGUUCCGCACUGCCACCACGAUCGCUGACGAACGCGAGCAUGGCGACGCGCACGCAAACUCCAAGGCCAACCAGAUCCGCUACUUCCGCGCUCAGCGCAACAUGUACCUCACCCUCAUGCUCCUUGUUCUCUCGGCUGUCAACAAGGGCCUUUUCUCGCUCAACUACAAGCUGAAGUCUGCUCGUGAAGAGAUCAAGGCACUCAAGGCUGCGGUUGCCGGCGGACCUGCCCCGACCGAUCCGGACGCCAAGAAGGCCCAGUAACAAACGCCCCCAUUUCGCC